AUGAAAUGCGUCCCCGGUCCCGUCAAGUUCGCCGUAGUGCCCGACAAGAAGCGCAAGAAGCACUACUACAUGAGCGCGGCGCAGAAGCGGCACCGUCGCGACCACGAGGCCUUCGAGUCGUGCGUGUUCAACCUCACGCUGGACAUCAACAACCUCCGGCAGGAAGUGAUGCGGCUGCUGGAGUUCCGCGAUCUGCAGGUGACGCGGCUGCUGCUGACUCGGAUGCGCAUGGAGAACGAGCUGCUGAAGACGGUCGAGGCCAUGAUACGCGGGGUCAAGGAGAACAACACGGCGGCUCCAGAGUGCAGGGUGUCACGCACCAUUAAGAGUCGGGGCGGGUCGGCACGGGGUGCGGUGACUCGGGAUGGCGUCUACGAGUUCGUCACUCGACUGGACAAGGCGCACUUCUCAGGCGUCAUUUCGAGCAUGCAAGCGGUGUUCGCGGAGGACGAAGAGAGCGGCGGGGAGGCAGCUGCAAUCCGCCGAGUCUGUGGAGCUGGCGGCUGUAUGAUCGAGGUGGCAGGCCAGUUCACGUUUCCCUUCAUGCACCACCUCGCGAUGGCGCUGUUCCCGCACGCUGCUGGGGACGAGAUGCUGUUAUCUCGAGUGAUCGGACUGAGGAUGACUUGUCCAAUACGCUUUUUCCUGUAUUUCAACGCGCAGCGAGAGCUCGUGCGGCAGAUGGCGCACGCCGAUAUGUUGCCGGCGCUGCGGGAGGCAUGCCCCAAGGAGAUCGAUAUCCUUAGGAAUAGCGAUCGAUUCCAAGAGGUGCACGAUACUUGA